AUGGCGGCGGUGGUUCAGCAUCAGCACCACGUCAAAGCGCUGACGCCGACGUGGUUUCUCGCCAACGUUACGCCGCCCCCGGCGCCGAGGGAGGGCGGUAAGAAAGCCUUGCCGGCCGCCUACUCGCCGCUGCUCCUGUCGCCGGCGGGGUGGCAAAGGGCGCAGGACGAGAAGAAGAAGGAUGAGUCCGAGCGCGACGGCGGCCUGCCGGCGUCGCCGAGGAUCACCUGCAUGGGGCAGGUGAAGGGGAGGAGGAGGAGGAGCAGGGGGUGCUCGAGCGCGCGCGGACCGGCGCUGCCGCCGAGGGACUCGCGGUACCGCAGCGCCGGCGCUGGCGGCAAGGUGGCGAAUCUCGUGCUCGGGUUGUUCGGGAUGAGGCGGAACGCGAGGACGUCGCGCGCGUGCGCCAAGGUCAGGGACGUACCGCGUGCUGGCACGGCAUCCGCGCCAGGGAGCACUCGUGGUGUCCGUCGCGUUGUGGCCGUGGCGGCAGUGGGCGUGUUUGAUCCGCCGUUGCCGAUGGUGAGGCGGCCGGCGACUGACGACAACGCGCCGAGCCUGUGGGAGCGGCGGCGCGGCGGCAGGGCCCUGGAGGGUCUUCAGCUGAUGACGUAG